AUGCUAAGAUAUUUUGUGAGUUUGCUGAAACAACUUUUUAAUGGGAAACCAACCAAACUGCAAACAGUCACGAACGAAUCCUGGAAAGACGUUUUAAAGGUAACAAGUUAAGUUGAUCUUCACGACUUGUUAGCUUUCAGAAGGAAAACUCAUACAGAGAACGUCGGAGGAUGAAAGCGGCCGUUUAUCCGUCGAAUCGUGUGCUGAUUCGCAAGAUUUUGAAUGAUAAAGAGGCGUCGAAGAAGAAAAGGGCCAAUGACGGAUUCUUCCUUCAAUUUGUGGUUGACUGCGAACUCAGCAAUAUUCUUGUGACGACGCAGAAAAACUUCGGAGAUUCUAUGAUCGAGAAGGUGUUUCCAAAGGUACUUUUUCCUCUUUUUAUGCACUAAUUAAAAAAAAAAUUUCAGAUGAGCGCCGCAGCAGAGGAUAGAAUCCUCAUGGAACUGGGCACCAUCGAAAGGAUCACAGUGAAAGCAGCUGCAACCAGUGCACCGUUGGACCCUUCUGUAACGUUCAAGGAGUACGUGGACAACAAGAAUCACACAUCUGUUCUGAUAAACAACUUCGAGUACAAAGUGAUUCGUGACAGCAACCCGAUUCACCUCUGUAUGCUUCAACUACUCCCUAUCAUUGACUACUUCUGUAUGUCAAAAAUUGACUUUACAAUCGAAGGAACGCCCGUCAAAUUGCACUGGUUCGUGAAGGACGAUGUUUUUGUGGCGCCUAAAGUGAAGCCUGACAAACGGAAAAAACAAGAUAACGUCAAGCUCAACUGCAAGUUUGUGGACGAGCAAGAACGAAAAUUCGCAAUCGAAGGUUAUACGUACAGAAGCACCCAUCCGUAUUUCGUCGCCAAAGCGAGAGACCUUGAUCGUUUAGUAGCGGUUAUUGUGGACGGAGGAAUCGAUUAUCCGGUGGUGUAAGUCACCAAGAUUACAUUUUAUUAUAAGUCUAUAGGUUUAGAGCAGCCUCCAGUACCCGGGCGGUCUGCCGUGGACCAGAUUCCCUGUUAACCGAUGACCAAGUUCAGUGGUGCCGCGAGAAUAAGUUGAGCAAGAAUGGCGAUGUGUAAGUAUCUUUUUUCUCGGAAAACCGUUCAUUUUGUCAUUUUUCAGAAUCCGCGCGAUGACGUACAAUCUUCUGGCCGACAUCUACCUGAAUCUGGACAAUGACAGCAUCGUUCCGUGGUUCCCGCACUGUCCGAAGGAUUUCCAACGAAUUUUCUACCGCUCACCGCUCCUUCUCAAGCAAUUGCACGAGUUCUCCGAUGGCCACGUUUCUUUGUGGUUUCUCCAGGAGGUCGACGCACAUCGCUAUAAAAACCACAUCAAUCCGCUCUUCAAGCACAUGGGCUUCACCUCAAUCUUCUCAAAAAAAACGAACAACAAUUCGGAAGGAGUUGUGCUGUCGUUCGAUAACUCCCUCUUUGAGCUUGUUCGCGAGGAAACCUUUGUUAUCAAAGAUCUUGCGUUGGAGGAGAAUAAUGCGGAUCUCCGAGAUCUCAUGGAACAGUCUAAAACCACGAAAGAUCGGUUUAUGAGUCGCCCUACAGUCCUGCAGGUGGUGGUGAUUCGCGAGAAGCGAUCCGGCACCAUUGUCGUCUGCGCAAACACUCAUUUACACCAUCAGCCGAAGGAGGAGCACUUGAAGGUGAUGCAGACGACUGCGUGCAUUCGGAAAGUGACAGAAGUGUACGAGAAGCAGAAGGCCGAAAACUCGAACGUCAAGGUCCGAGUGCUCUUUGGAGGCGACUUCAAUACUCUGCCCAAUAAGGCUUCCUACAAUAUUUUGAGCACUGGAACAUUCCCGAGCGACGAUGAAGUCUGGAGCUGCGACGAAAAUCUGACUGGAACGGAACUGAAGAUCAAGCAGCCGAUGGACUGUCUCAGUGGUGUGUUCGAGUACACAAAUUACACAAAAGACGAGGCGGGGAAUGGGUUCUCUGGAUGUUUGGAUUAUAUUUGGGGAAUCGGUAUGUCAAACUGUUUAAUCUUUGUUUGCAGAAACCACAAAAUUUCAGACGUUUCGACUGUCCGUGUCUGCCCGAUGCCUCCACACGAAAAAGUCACCAAAUAUACGGCGCUCCCUUCGGAAAUUUCGCCAUCCGAUCAUUUGCCAGUGAUUGUUGAUCUUAAAUUAUGA